UGAGGGGGAGAGAGAGAGAGAGUAAAAAGGAAAAAAGCAUCGCGUUUGGUCCGUGUGGUCUUUCUGGUAGAUUCGACGAAACGCGAGGCUAUUUCGGUAUUUCCCAAUUUCCUAUCUCCUUAAUCCUCAAACACCAAACAACAAACAAAUGGAGCAAGCAACACUAGCAUUGUGUUCUGCUCACUGAAACUAAAACCAAAAUCACAAUCCCCAAAGCAAAAACCCAAAUCCCAAAUGAGAUUAUGACAACAACACAUGAGCGCGUGCAUCCAAUCCCAAACCUAGCUAUGUCUCCCACCACUUCCUCCUCCACCGCCCACUGGACCUCCGACGCCAUACACGGCGGAUCCCUCCGCCGCGUCGACCUCGACUCCGGCACCAACGGCUGGGCCUCUCCUCCCGGCGACCUUUUCCUCCUCCGCUCUUCCAAUUACUUCACAAAACGCCAAAAAUCCCCCGCCGGCGACUACCUCCUCUCCCCGGCCGGCAUGGACUGGCUGAAAUCCCAAUCCAAGCUCGAGAACGUGCUCUCCCGGGCCGACAACCGCGUGGGCCAGGCCCUUCGCCAGGCCCAAGCACAAGGAAAAUCCCUGAAAAGCUUCAUCUUCGCAGUCAACCUCCAAGUCCCUGGAAAAGAACACCACAGCGCGGUCUUCUACUUUUCAACCGACGAACCCAUCCCCUCCGGUUCGCUCCUCUCCCGGUUCAUCGAGGGCGACGACGCCUUUCGGAACCAGCGGUUCAAGCUCGUGAACCGGAUCGUGAAGGGUCCAUGGAUAGUUAAAAAAGCGGUGGGGAAUUACAGCGCGUGCUUAUUGGGGAAGGCGCUGACGUGUAACUAUCACAGGGGAAGGAACUACUUCGAGAUUGACGUGGACAUUGGGAGCAGCGCCAUCGCCAACGCUAUCCUGCGCCUCGCGCUGGGCUAUGUCACCAGCGUCACCAUCGAUAUGGGGUUUCUUGUGGAGGCGCAAGACGAGGAGGAGCUGCCGGAGAGGCUCGUCGGAGCGGUUAGGGUUUGCCAGAUGGAGAUGUCCGCCGCCACAGUCGUCGAUGCACCCAACGCGCCGCGCGGUAACAAGGUCAAUCACCUUAGUGGUAACGACGAGUAACAAAUUAAAAUAACAAUGUAUUUUUUUGUUGUUUUUUUAUUAUAUAAAAAUUAGUAUUUAUAUUAUUUAAUUUGAUUUCACCAACUGCUUGGUCCUCGUUCUGGGUGUAAUUGUAGGCUCUUUUUCCGGGGUAUAAUAAAUAUUCACCUCAAAUUAGUAUGUUUAUGUGUUUAGUUUUUCUUAACCAAUGCAUAACGGCGAAAAAGGUUGUUGCAUUGUGAUUGUGCACGUUGGUGUUUAUGGCAUUUAUUUUAGAGGGAUAGGUUUGGUCGGUGAAUCUUUUGGGUUGGAUGUGAAUGGAGCCGCACAUGGUCUGGAAAAGUUGCAUUAAAGGGCAACACUUUCUUGCUUGCUUGCAAGACUUGAAAUCAAAACCGCAAUGCAUGUUGUUGGA